AUGGGCAUUGGCUCGUUUGAGUGUCUCCCCGUCGAGAUUUUGACAAAAAUCUGUGACCACUGCGAUUUGGAGGAUGUGCUCGCUUUACAGUCAACCCACAUCGAGCUGGAAAUGCGCAUUCGGAAGAAUUUCUUCAGCCGUUUUGAGAUGGCUAAAGUGACGUGGAUGGAAAAUGCAUCGAUUAUCGCGAUGAAAGGAAAUGAUUUGAAUGAACAAGAGAUCACAACGAAUCGGACACAAUGGGAACAAGUGAUCAGGCAAACGAAAAGAAUUCACUCACUUCACCUUGAGAAAACCGAUGCUGCCUACAAAAAAGCGGUCAUUGUCGCGAUUGCACAUAAUUGGAAACUUUCCAAUUUGGAGAUUGUUCUCAAACCGUCGAGCAAAGAGAUUUCACCAGCGUACACGUGCAAGAACUACACGCGUCUCACCCGUUUCGUUGAGUCUCAAAAAGCUUCUUUGAAACGAUUGACUCUUCGUUCAUCACCCGUUUCUCGAAUCGAGUUAAGGCGAACAAAUGAUGGAGCACAUAUCGAAUAUGGACAAGAGAGGAAUAUCUUCCUCCACCAUCAGCUCAUCAAUCCACUCUUUCGGGCAAUGCUGGCUGGUGGUUCUCCCGUCUCAUCCCUUGAUCUCAGUGUUGAUGGUUGUGAGCAAUUGGAGUAUUCUCUUCAAAAUGCUUUCCAAGCCGCUCUACCUUAUGAUCAACGGAGUGCCCUUCGAUCGUUGCGGAUUCAUUUUGGACCCGAGGUCUCCUCCCUUUCACACGCGGAAAUGGAUCGAGUGUUGACAACGUAUGCUCCAACUCUUCAUGUCACUCCGAAUCUCACCCAUAUCCUUUGUGAUCUCACCCAUUGCUCGGUUGAACCUGAAAGUCUGGAGGGUAUCUUCAAGGCGAUUUCCCGUGAACUCCGCGGUUCUCAUCGAAUUUCCCUCGUCACUCCAAAUUUCGAUCCGACUAUUCAAAAGCAAAUGGAUUUUCGUGAUCUUGUGACGUUUUUCGAU